GAUAACUCUUUUUCUAUACUUAUCACAUUUCUCCCCCAUCCCUCUCCCCUCACACCCCAUCUAUUUUCAUCAUAUAUAUAUCUCCAUCUAACCUAAACAACUUUCUUUCAUUCCCUCUCUCUCUAGUCUCUAUACUAAUCUUUAUUUCAAAUGGGGUUUGCUUCUUUUGAUGUACAAGCCAAGAAGCGUUAUGGUGUGCAACUAGAUGAUCAAGGUUCUGAAGACUUCAGCCUCUCAGCUAGCUCCUCUGAUGAGAUUUCGAGUGCUGCUUCUUCUGAUUUUUCUGAUGUUGAAGAUCAUAGUCCUACUUCUUUGAAUGAUAUGUCCUCCCUUCUUCAACAACUCCCCAUCAAAAGGGGUUUGUCUAGACAUUUUGAAGGGAAGUCACAAUCUUUCACUGAUUUAUCAAAUGUGAGUUGCUUGGAAGAUUUAGCCAAGCCAGAGCAUCCAUACAACAAGAAGCUCAAGUCUUGUAAAAGCUACGUGGGUUUAUACGGAGAGAGCCAAAGAUCAAAUCAGCAGAUGAUGAGUAGUCAUAUUAUUCCCAAGAGUGCUUCUUCAAGGCUCAUCUCGAAGAAAACAUCAAGGGGAUCUUGUUCUUCCUUCAUUACCAGUGCUGCAAAGAGGAAUCACAGUGAUACUACUACUAGGCCACCUACUCAUCCGUCUUCUUAUAGAUCUUCUGAUCCUCAAACACCUUUGUUUGAGGCUAAGGAUUCUUUGAGAUGUGUAAUUCCCUUUUUUACGGCUUAAUAGUUUUUCUUUGCAAGAGAUUAUGUAUAUAUGUAAGAUGACCCUUUGAUAUAUUUAAUGCCGUGAGCUAUAGAAAGGCACAAGAAUUUUCCCUUUCUUUUGCAGAUCUUUCUGUGGAAAGAUGGCAUCUGUUAUGAUAACCUAUUAGCCUUUAUGAUUAAGAUUACUUGAGAAUUUUGUAA